AUGGUUGUUCUCUCUGAACUUUCUGAAGGAUAUUCAUCUUCAUCAUCAACACAUGGUCAUAUAUAUGAAGUAUUUUUAAGUUUUAGAGGUAUUGACACUCGUCAUAACUUUAUCGCUAACCUUCAUAAGGCCCUCAUGGAUGCCAAAAUCACUACCUUCUUGGACGAUGAAGAGAUUGAAAUCGGGGAAGAUCUGAAACCAGAAUUGGAGAGUGCCAUUAAAGCAUCUAGGGCUUCUAUUAUCGUGUUGUCCAAAAAUUAUGCCACUUCCACUUGGUGUCUUGAUGAACUGGUGUUGAUCCUUGAGCAACGGAGGACAUCCAAUCAUGUUGUUAUUCCCAUAUUUUAUCAUGUUGAGCCCACCCAUGUCAGGAAGCAACAAAGUAGCUUUGGAGAUGCAAUGGAUAAGCAUAGACAGAAGAUGGAGUGUGAGACAAAGGCAGAUAAAAGAAGUAAAUGGGCUCAAAAGAUUGAGCAAUGGAGUAAAUCACUCACAGAAGUUGCUGAUUUAAAAGGGAAAGAUGUAAAUGACAGGCAAGAGAUGGAGUUCAUCGAAGAAAUUGUUAAUGAUAUCUACCGUAUACUGCGUGUACACUUGAGGAGUCCGCUGCCAUUACUUAUUGGGAUGGAGAGUUCCAUUACAUUCAUCACCUCAUGGUUGAAAGAUGCAUCUUCACAUACAACAGACAUACUCACAAUUUUGGGUAUGGGUGGGAUCGGGAAGACAUCUUUAGCCAAAUUUGUCUAUGGAUUGGAUUGUCGUGAUUUCAAGACUAGCAGCUAUAUUGGAAAUAUUAGUAGCAGAUGUAAUGAAAAAUUUAGUGGGUUGCUUGAUCUACAAAAACAGCUAUGUGAUGACAUUUCAAAAACAAGUCCGAUUCCAGUUGAUGAUGUUUCUAUUUACACCUCAAAGAUAGAGAAUGUUGUGGCUCGUAAAAAGGUUUUUCUAGUUCUUGAUGACAUUGAUAGUGUCAACCAAUUGGAUGCAUUGCUUGGAAGCAAAGGUUUUUAUCCGGGGAGCAAAAUCAUAAUAACAACAAAGGAUGCAUGGUUGACAGAGAGUUGUGCACUUUUUAAAAUGAAUGUUAAACCCAAGCAUGCAAAGCACUUGCUUCAAGGCUUACAUGUGUCUGCAUCACGAAAACUUUUGUGUUUACAUGCAUUCACAACCAACUAG